AUGAACACUGGCGGUCUUGCUCAGAUGUCUACCAAUUUCCCCUCCCACGCUGGGGCAGGCAACCCUAUUUCCCCCAUCGGAGGCCUCGCCUCUCGUCGAGGAGGUCCUAAUAUCAAGCCACUUUCCUUUGACAGCAUUAAGAACGGUGCGGACAAGGAGAAUGCACUUCCCACACCCCGCACAAGCCGCUCACACCUGCUUGCAGGUCUGAGGACUGCACCAAAGACAUCGACUGCGACAUCUUUCCCCCCUCUUUCUCCAACUGGUACAGGGCCAUCCCAGCAGUUUGCUAGAAACAAUCUCGCAGCCCAUGUCAAUGGCGCCAACCCCCCCAAGUCUGCUUUCCCUCAAUUCAACUCUCAGGGACAGCAGACCAACGGGUACCAGGGCAUGGUCGAACAGCAGCAACAACAAUCGCAGCCACAGCAGCAGCAGCAGGCUCCCCCUCAACCCCAGCCUCAGCAGCAGCAAGUUCAGCAGCAGCACCAGCAAUACACUGUGGAUCAAGUUCUUGCCCCUCCUGAACUCCCCAUUGAUGACCAGGCUCAGGAGCAGAUGGAUCCCAACUUGUAUGCUCAGCUUGUUGCAACCAAUAUGUAUCUGGCCCAGCAGCAGCAGAGACUUCAGCAACAGCUGCGCCAGGUUCAAGCCGCUGCUCAGCAGUUCCAGCAGCUUAACUUGAACAACCCUCAGCUUGCACAGCAGCAGAUGGCUCUUUAUGAGCAGCAGCAACAUCUUCGCAACCUUCAGCAUCAACUUAGUGCUCAAGCGACCAUGAACCAGAGCGGACAGCAGUUCUACUACAACCCCAUGACUGGACAGUACUUUGUUGACAACUCAGCUCACAUGUACACUGAACAGCCUAUGACGCCUGGUGGUUUCCAAACCUUCCAGCAGCAGCACCAGCAGCAAUAUCAGCAGUUUCAGCAACAGCAGCAGCAAGGUACCCCUCGCGUGCAGGUUUCGCCACCACCCGAGAACCAGACCAACGGCUUCAGGAGUAACUCCCCUCCCAAGAGAUAUGAGUCUCCGGUUGAGGUUGCUCCGCUGCCACCGCCAUCCGCUAAUGCCUUCCGCCGUGGACACAACAAGGUCAAGUCCAUCACGCCCAUCAACGCUGCUCUGGCCUCAACUGCGACAGAUCCCGCACUUGGUUCAGCUGGACCCCGAACGGGUACUUUCCCGCCAGCUGGAUAUGGUCCUGGCCAGGCCCGUGCUGGAGAGCAUCCAGUUCGCCAACCUCGUGGACCCCCAUCUCUUGAUGAGUUGAAGCUGAAGCCGACUUCUAAACAUGAGGGUAGCAAGAACUUUUCUGCUCGUACUCGACGAUCUGCCGUUCACAACCUUGUUCGAGCUGGUCUUGAACGACGCAAGGGAACAGGUAGCUCGAGCGGCAGCAUGAGCCCAGUGUCCGAGACAGCAGAGGAAUCGACAACGCCAAUCACCGACAAUGAUUCCGAGUCUGGACGCAGCGGCUCUGGCAGUCUCGCCGGCGAGGAGUGUUCUACCACUCGCAAGCAGACUAGUGGAAGCUGGGGAGCUAUUGGCUCUGAUCGGCCUGGCUCGCGCCAGAAGACUCGUAAGAGCGUGGACAGUGAUGCAUCAGACACCGAUAAUGGCUCAUUCGCCAAUGUGUUUAAGAACGGUGCUCAGCGAGCAUCUCAGGCCCAGGAGGCGACAGAUGACCGCAAAACCCCAAGGCUAGUUUUUACGAGCGCUGAGAAGCGUAAGACGAACCCGGUGGCUUAA